GAGACGAAAAUGCAGUAUCGAAAGUAUCAACUCAUAGGAAACAUAUGAGUUUUGCCAGGAAAGAAGCAUUUUUGUCUGAAGGAAGUUGCCCUCCCCUUGCUAACUCUCGUGUGGGGUUCGUUGAGAAACACAUGUGUCGAAACACCCACUUUCAUUGGUGUUCUAAUGGAAGAAGUAAUCAUUCGCUGUGAGUUUGCAAUGAAACUUUAACUGUUCUUCUAUUGCGCAUCCUUGUACCGUCACCGCAUAUAUAUUCAAAUGGAGGUUCACUUCGAGAAACCAACAACCAAGGGGAAGUGGAGGCCUUUUUUCUACACACUUGGCUUUGUCUCUGGGCUCUUGAUACUGUCAGCAAAUUUGUACGAUAUGUUUGCCAGUAGUUUCACCCUUCUUACGUUUCUGGCUGGAUCACAGAGGGCAAUUGCUUUAUCACCCUCCGAAACUCUUUAUCCAAUCGGCCUCAACGACACUUUAUACAUCACAAAUACUUCUCUUGGAUCGUAUGGUGGCAUUUAUUCGGCUCCUGUGAAGCCUACGACUUCAAACAUAACAUAUGGAACAUAUCACUAUUGCUCAAUGCCCCAUCCGAGAGUACAAGAGUAUCGACUCCCUUCACCUAUAGCUAAUGGAAGUGUAAAGGCGCAGCUCGUCUACUUGGAGUAUUUACAAAGACACCAGAGGAGGACUAUGUAUAAUGUCUUACCCAGUGGAGAAACCGUGCCGUUCAAUUGCUCAGAUAUUCUCCCAUAUCUGUAUGCUGGACCUCAUGAUAACACCUUGGAACAGCCCAUUGCGGUGUAUGCUAGCACAUAUACAGAUGCACACAAUCCUUUUCUGAGCAAUUAUAUCUCGGGAACUUGUCAAUAUCCUCAACUUACAAUUGGUGGCCUAUUAGAUGGCUACCAGCACGGCCAAGAUAUUUCAGGGGUGUAUGGUGCUACCGGUAAAUUGAGUCUAUUACCCACAUCUCCAUCCUUGGAGCAAACUUACUUUCGCUCCUCGGAGUCACCUUUAACGCAACAGAGUGCUGGAGGGGUACUACGUGGAAUCUGGCCCAACUAUCAAGGAUCAAUUGCUCUCCAUCAACAAGAAAGUUCACUUGACACAGUUAAUGCUGGGUACUCUUGCUCUACCAUUGCUUCGACACUAGCUAAAAUCCAGUCCACUACUGAAUGGCAAGCUCACCUGACGGCCACAUCAGCCUUACGUACUACACUUGGAACUAUGUUCAACGCAGACUCCAGUGCAUGGCAAGGGACAAUGGAUCAUUUUGCAGAUAAUUUCCAAGCUCGAAUCUGCAAUGGCUAUUCUCUCCCUUGCUCUCCGACCGAGACCUCAAAGUGCGUAACUCAAGAGAUGGCAGAUGAGGUCUUCAGAGCUGGAGAUUGGGAGUGGAAUUACUACUGGAGAGCGAAUCCAUAUGUUCAAAAAUACAUCCAAGCCGUCGAGGGACUAUUCAUUGGAGAGAUAGUGUCAAGACUAGAAAGUGUUGCAAAUGGGACAAUCCAAAGAGGGAAGUACAGUCAUACAUUUGUUCAUGAUGGUGAUAUUGGCCCGGUAGCAGGCGCUUUGGGCAUAAAUGCUCUGCGAUGGCCUGGAAUGGGGAGUAACAUUGCUGUGGAGAUAUGGAAACUUCAAAACUUCACCAGCCCGCCUAUUGAUGGUCAUUUUGCAAGAGUGCUGUAUAGUGGACAACCUAUGCAGUCAAUCCAUGGAGAUCUGGACUGGGUUCCGUUGCGAACUUUGUUGGAAAUUUUGAAGCAAUUUGUGCCGACAGAUAUUGUGACGCUAUGCAAUAGCUGAGGGAAUCACUAUGGAAGGUAGCGGUGAGGGGAUAGAGUUUAGCAGAAUUCAUAUGAAAUAAGCUAUUAUGUGGUAGUAUUGUCAAUCACGUAUUCUUCAUUUGGAGGCGGACUCAAUUGUCUAUAACUUGAGCUGCAAUUAUGAAAGAGAACACUCAAUUAUUCGUUAUAGUCUCCCCAACAAGGAACAAUGUCGUUGAGAGAUCUGAGUCUAUUUGGGCUCAUUACAAUUUCCUUUCGAGAUGCGGAAAGGAGUGCCCCGGUUGUGCUGUUCGCUGCGAGAGAGUCUGUCGUUGUUUGCGCCGUUGUGCUUGGUGGGUGGGGCUUGAUCGAAGCAUCAAAAUGCUGCUAGCGAUUUGAUUGGGGAUGAUACCAGAAUAAGUUGUGAUAGUCAAAUCUGUUACCAAUUGAUAGUAAGACUUAUUAUUGUGCUGCUACCUAGCCACCCAGCAACUUUAUUACUCUUGUCCUUGACAUGGCAAUUACAAUCCUGCACUUUUCUCGUCUGGAGACA